UCGCCCCUCUCCGGCCGGCGCGACCGCCGCGGGGCCCGCCAUGGCCCAGCCCCAGGCCGUCUCCGGGCCUCGGCGCGGCGGCCCGAGAUAGGGUCCCCGCCGCGUCCCGGGGGAGGAGAGAGGCCCGGGCCGCGCUCCGCCCCCUCCCCGCGGGCCGCCGCCGCCGCCGCCGCCGCCUCAGCCUGGCGGGGAGGAGGAGCCGCGCCGCAGCCGCCUCAGGACAUUUCUGAUUCAUUUGCAUCCUUGAAGAGCAUCUGUGGAAGAGGAAGGAAAAGAUGGGUGUGAAAACAUUUACUCAUAGCUCCUCUUCCCACAGCCAGGAAAUGCUUGGAAAGCUAAAUAUGCUGCGGAAUGAUGGACAUUUUUGUGAUAUCACUAUCCGUGUCCAGGACAAAAUCUUCCGGGCACAUAAGGUGGUACUAGCAGCUUGCAGUGAUUUCUUUCGCACCAAACUUGUAGGCCAAGCAGAGGAUGAGAACAAGAAUGUGUUGGAUUUGCAUCAUGUUACAGUGACUGGCUUCAUACCUCUUUUAGAAUAUGCUUACACAGCCACUCUGUCAAUUAACACAGAAAAUAUCAUUGAUGUUCUAGCUGCAGCCAGCUAUAUGCAAAUGUUUAGUGUUGCAAGCACCUGCUCAGAGUUCAUGAAAUCAAGCAUUUUAUGGAAUACACCCAACAGCCAACCAGAAAAAGUCUUAGAUGCUGGACAAGAAAAUAACUCGAACUGCAAUUUUACUUCUCGAGAUGGCAGCAUAUCUCCAGUGUCUUCAGAGUGCAGUAUGGUAGAAAGAACCAUCCCUGUCUGCAGAGAAUCCCGGAGAAAGCGCAAAAGCUACAUUGUUAUGUCUCCUGAAAGUCCUGUGAAGUGUAGCACACAAACAAGUUCUCCCCAGGUACUGAAUUCUUCAGCUUCCUUCUCAGAAAAUAGAAACCAGCCUGUUGACUCUUCUUUAGCUUUCCCCUGGACUUUUCCUUUCGGAAUUGAUAGAAGGAUUCAGCCUGAAAAGGUUAAGCCGUCAGAAAACACCCGGACGUUAGAGCUACCCGGCCCGUCUGAGACAGGGAGACGAGUGGCUGAUUACGUAGCGUGUGAGAGCUCGAAGACUACCUUGCCUUUGGGUACCGAAGAAGAUGUCCGGGUCAAAGUAGAAAGGUUAAGUGAUGAGGAGGUCCACGAGGAAGUGUCUCAGCCUGUCAGUGCAUCUCAGAGCUCACUGAGCGAUCAGCAGACAGUUCCUGGAAGUGAGCCAGUCCAGGAGGACCUUCUGAUCAGCCCACAGUCUUCCUCUAUAGGCUCAGUAGAUGAAGGUGGCACUGAGGGACUGCCCACACUGCAGAGCACGUCCACUACUAAUGUGCACGCAGAGGAGGAUGACCGAUUGGAAAAUGUUCAAUAUCCCUACCAACUCUACAUUGCUCCUUCCACCAGCAGUACAGAACGGCCAAGUCCGAAUGGUCCUGACAGACCUUUUCAGUGUCCAACUUGUGGGGUGCGAUUCACCCGUAUUCAGAACCUAAAACAGCACAUGCUCAUCCACUCAGGAAUUAAACCAUUUCAGUGUGACCGCUGUGGAAAAAAGUUCACCAGGGCUUACUCGCUAAAGAUGCAUCGCCUAAAGCAUGAAGGUAAACGCUGUUUCCGGUGCCAGAUAUGUAGUGCCACUUUCACUUCCUUCGGGGAAUAUAAACACCACAUGAGGGUUUCCCGGCACAUUAUCCGCAAGCCUCGGAUUUACGAGUGCAAAACAUGUGGCGCCAUGUUCACCAACUCUGGAAAUUUAAUCGUGCACCUGAGGAGUCUGAACCAUGAAGCGUCAGAGCUAGCAAACUACUUCCAGAGCAGGGAUCACUCCUGGCGGGGCUCGGAAGACCAUAUGGGGUACCGGGGAUUGAACCCAGGUCAGCUGCAUGCAAGUGAUUUCCUAGUACCGGACUACUUAACCCAGGAGCAAGAAGAGACCCUCGUGCAGUAUGACCUUGGAGAACACAGUUUUGAGAGCGACUCCUCUAUCCAGAUGCCCGUGAUCUCACAGGUGUCCUCCACCCAGAGCUGUGAGAGCGCCUUCCCCUUGGUGUCUCUCGGUGGGCUGACAGACAAAGAGGAAGAAAGAUCACAGCAGCCAAAGACCGGUGCCUGUGCUGAAGCCACCAGAGACGACCCCCCGAAACCAGAGCUGUCUUCUGUUACUCUUGAGUAGAUUCAUGCUCGGGCUUUAUUUUUUGGUUUUUGGAAAGUGCCUGUGCUUAUUAGUCUUGUAUGUUUAAUUUAAAUUUGAUUUUUAAACAAAAAAAAAAGAGUUUCCUUUUUACUUUGUGAGCCCUGCAGCUGAAGUUACAUUCUUUAAGACCGAGAAGCUUCUCCUUGUAAGUGCACAUCGACACCAUGUUGAGGCAGAAAUCACGAGACUUGAAGAGGGCUGGUGACUUAAGACAGUCUAGUGACUUUAUCAAGUUUCUCUUGUCAAAAAUAUGCUCCCACAAUAUCACUAGGUAAAGAAGAAAUUAGAGGGGAAAUGUGCUAAAAAUGUUCCCAUUAGUCAUUAGGGAAAGAAGAAAUGAGACGCUUAUGGACCUUCCUGAGGAGAAAGAGCACACCAGAAUUCAAGUAGAAAGAGAGCCUGACAGAAAAUCUAACAGAUGUUUGCUCCUAUACGCAGGACACUGUAGAAUAUUUUGUAAAGCCUGUUGUUUUGAAAAUAUUUAUGGUAAGCUUUUAAAAGUCAUUAGGAUAAAUACUUCUCUAAUAUCCAGCAUACUUUUUAAAACAAAAAGCUUUUCCACUUUUAUUAUGAUUUUUUUGAGGGGGUGGUGUAAAUUUGGUAUUGGGUUAAGCUUUCCCUGUACUUUAUAGUACCAGUUCUUUAAUUUGAACUUUUUUAGUUCUUGGGUCUCAUCCGGCGAAGCUCAGGAGUCACUCCUGGCUCUGCACUGAGGACUUACUCCUGACAGUCAGUACUUGGGUGACUAUAUGGGAUGUCGGGGGUUGAACCCAGGUCUGGCGCCUGCAAGGCAGGUGCCUUUCCCGCUGUGCUAUCUCUCCAGCUCCGGUACCACCUCUUUAAUCUUUCUUAUAUGAAAGAGGGUAAGGAACCAUGAUUGGAAAUAGUCAAACUGCAUGAAAUGACCAGGAAUGGAGAAGGGAGUUUGUGAAUCCCAGCUUCAUAAGAAUUCUUUUUUAAAUACUGCUUUUCUGACUGAAAUUUUUGUUUACCUGGUCUUUGAGUGUCAAUGUUUGGCUAAUUAGGUCAUUGCCUAAAUCAGUUCUUAUCCUAUCACCAGUACUUCCUAUUGCAUAUACUGAUGUGUUACCACAUAGAGGAAAAAUAUUGGAGAUAGUCUAUAUUUUAUAUGUAGGUUUAUGUACUGUUGGGGGUGUUUUUAUUGUGCUGUUUUGGACAUAAUAAAGAAUUAAUUCUCUGUUAAGGCUAUGUUCUUAACCCAAGUAAGAUUGUUUACAAAAUCCCAUCUGACAAGUAUCCAUUGUCUUUGUAUCAAAAUAUUUUUAGACAUUGCCAAGUUUAUUAAAUGCAAUUAGUAUAGUUUUUACACAAUGAAAGCAAUAAUGUAAAAGAUGAGAAGAGGUUAUGAAAUGAUCUAUUAUAAAUCUGGGGGAAAGGAUUGUUAAGACUAAAGAUAUAGUAAAAAUCUUAAAGGAAUAUCACCUUUUGCUGCUAAAAAACAUUAAACUUAUGUGAUACUCUAGACUGGAGUAUAGUUUUCAUCUGAUGCCAUUAAAGCAUCACAAACAGACCUUAAUACUAAAUAUUCAUGAGUCCAUGAACUCAUGAGUCAGUUUGUGUGUAUGUGUGUAUAUAUACAUACAUACACACAUACACCUAUAUACAUAUAUAUAUACAUGCCCAAAGUUUAAUAACUAUGUAAGCACCUGAUUAGAUUAGAACGGGGAGGGGGAAGUGGUUUCUUGUUUUAAAACAAAAAGAUCUUAAUUUCAUAUAGGUGCUAGACCUUAACAAUAAAUCAUAUUUUUAAGUUAUAGUGGUUUAAUUGCUUCAUUUUUUAAUUGGCUAAUUUGUAUAAUUUAUUUUUUCCCCACCCCAAUAUGUAAGAGAAUGGAAAGUAAAGUCAUUGAAGAUGUUUUAGGCUCUGCAGUUUGCUAGCAUGUCUCUAAGUGCUUGUCUCACUCAUGAGCCUGUUUCUCCCAAACAUAGGUAUAUUUACCUUCAAGAACAGUCAGCCUGUACACACUGUAAUGGGCUCCUACUGUUUGUGCUUCUUUACGAGAGUUUUAAUUUCCUGUAGUCGGUCCAGAUAGCUCAGUGGACUAACAAAGACUACACAGACUACACAGGCGAAGUAGUCUUUCCAUGCAAAGGACCCGCACCACUUGGUCCGUGAGCACUGCCAGUUGUGGCUCAGAAACCAAAAUAAUCACUUUCCUUCAUCAGACUAUAUUACUCUCUUAUACUAGUAACAGUACUGUUGAAUCCCAACUGGAAAGGUCGGGGGGUUGUUCUUAAUAUCAUAUUCUUUGGAAACUGUUACACGGGUCAUUGGUUCAUUGCUCAUGCCAAGGACCAAACCCAAGACCUCACACACGGAACACAAGACAAGACAAAGAAUAGGGCAAACUGUGACCAGAAAGCAUUGUUCCUUCAAUUCUGAGAAGCUUAUGUAAAUUUUUUUAAAGGAAGAAAAAAGGAAAGGAAACUGAAGAUCGCUUUGGGGUUCUGAGCACUUCAGCACAGCCCUUACUCUCUGAAUUCUGUGUAACAGGAUUCUCGCACAGCCAGAGCAGCGCUAGGUUGUCUGUUCUCAGGAUAGGAGUCCCCACCUGUUCUUCUCUCCCAACUGGACAUUUUAGAUCCUCACUGGUAAUUAUAAAUUGUACUGAUUCCCCAGUUUAAUGAAAAAGUGAAGCAUAGGGGCUGAAGCAAUAGCACAGCAGGUAGGGCAUUUGCCUUGCACGAGGCCGACCCGGGUUCGAUUCCCAGCAUCCCAUAUGGUCCCCUGAGCACCGCCAGGGGUGAUUCCUGAGUGUAGAGCCAGGAGUAACCUCUGUGCAUUGCCGAGUGUGACAAAAAAAGAAAAAGUGAAGCAUACCAUGUAGAUGUGGACCUGGUUUGUCUGUCUCCUUCCUACUCCCCAAUCAGAUCAGUAAGAUAACUAAUAUUUAACAUCAAGUGGAAGAAACAAAGGGUUUUUUAAAGGGGAGUGUAGGACAAACUCUGGGCUUCACACAGGAAAGUCAGGUAUCUGCUGCCAAGCCCAUUCCUGACCCGAAGGGAAUUACUCCCAUUUUCGUGAGGCUCUCCAUUUGUCUCAAAGCACAAUUUAAAGAGAAUUUACAUAAGGAUUUGUUUCUGGAUACUAAACUGAAAUAUAUAUAUAGUGCUGUUUAGGUUGAUUUCAAAUUCAUCUAAGAUUACAUGCCUGGGUAAAUAAUUUUAAUCCAUAUAAAAAGGAAAUAAAGUAAAAGAGACGAAAGAAAGCCAGUUACCUUAUCCCAUCCAUUAAAAAUCACCAGUAUAACUAGAUUUAUAUAUAUAUAUAUCUCUUAAUAUAUAACUAUCCAGUUUAGAAUACGCAAGCAUAACUGCCUCAGGGCCAAAAAAAGUAAUAUUGUGACAAAGGGCUUAAAUUUUAGGAUGCAAAUAAUUUUAUAAUAUUUACAAGAACAGAAUUUAAUUUCGGUUUUUGAGCUACCAAAUCAAUGCGAUACACUUUAGAAAUGAACAGAACAGCUCACCGUGGACUCAUUCUUCUAAAGGCGGUGGGAGCAUUCAGAAACUAAUUUGGUUGUGUUUUGUUUGGUUUUUUUUGAGCUCUCAGUUUCGGUAAAAAAGUAUACUAGAGUGUUUUUCAAACCUUAUUCCGUUUUGCACAUACCAUACCAGCAGCCCUCUAAAUUACUAUUUGGUCCCAUAAUUCUGACACAUUUCCUUUGGCUUUAAAACAAUCAGACAAGGGGCCGGAGCGAUAGCACAGCAGGUAGGGCGUUUGCCUUGCACUCGGCCGACCCGGGUUCGAUCCCCGGCAUCCCAUAUGGUCCCUCAAGCACCGCCAGGAGUAAUUCCUGAGUGCAAAGCCAGGAGUAACCCCUGAGCAUGCUCGCUGGGUGUGACCCAAAAAGCAAAAAAAAAAAAAAAAAAUCAAGACAAAUAAAAAACCCUGAGUUUUAAAAAUACUUUUCUUGGAGGGCUGAGCAAUGGGCUGUAUCUAACAGUGCUUGAGGCACUGUGAGGUACCAGAUAUUGAACCGGUAUGCCAAGCACGAAUCUCUUGCUAGUGGACUGUUUGCCCCUUGUUUAAAAUAGUUUAUCAAAUGGAACAGCCUAUUCGGUACACCUAAAGGUACUUACAAUUGAUGAGUCUGUUACUUUCUCAUGACCGAGCCAGAUAUCUCCAUGUAUAACGAUCUCCCUGAUAGCCUUUUGAAACUAUAUUAACUUGCCUUUUACCUCUCACUAUUUUAUUUUCAUAAUCUAAAGUGAGGCCUGUUUUCUGGCUUUUAAAGAUUCUCAUGAUGGUUUAGUCUUAACUUUGUGAUCUCAUUUUAAAAAUGUAUUAUUGUAUAGAAUAAUGGCAUUUCUUUCUACCACAUGGAGAGAAUUAUUAUUAUGUGAUGAAUGUACCAUCCUAAAAUUAUAUUUUAACUGAAAGAAGGUUAAGGAGAAUCAAUGGAGAGAGUUGAAGCUUUCAUGUGGAUUUAGUCUAUUUUUAUUUAUCUGCAAAAUGUGAAGUUAUAACUCUGAAAUAUGCAUCCAAGUGAGAGAGAAUAGUUUUCUAGAUAUUAAUGGGGGCACUUGUAAAGUUUGCAUUCGGAAGUGACCCAAGGUUUCUAAAAAGUAGUAUGGUUUUCACUGUAAGUUAUUUGACAUGAGAUGCUUUAUAUGUAAUAUAUUCAGAUUUUAAAAGUUAAUGAGAGAAUAUAUAGAAACUAGAUUUUCUUUUCUGAAGCAGUGGAACAAAUUUGUGGGGUGCUAUUAUAUAUAUUUAAAGAAUAUUUAUAGCUACAUAUGCUCCUACAGACUUUAAAAUCAUCAAAAUUUGUUAUUAUUUGCCUGUAUCCAUUUAUCUCACAGUGUCAUUUUCACUUGGCAAUGCAGCAUUUUUAUUUCAAAAGUCCUCAGCAAGACUUUUCCCAAAAGCAAUAAUGGUUCAGAAAUGGAAUUGAGGCAAUUUUCCAUUGCAUCUGAAAGACCAUUACUCUGUUUCACUUCUAGAUUAUAAUGUAUGAUACUGAUUGGGCUUUAUUAGUGGGGAAUUAAGCAAAUGUCAGAUUAUGGGAUGAAGACGAGUGACAUUGAGAUUGUGACACUGACUUCUUUAUUCCUAAUUCAUACUAAACUCAAAUGAUUCUACUGUGUUUUAGUAAUUACUGUAUUUCAUAAUAUAAUAAAAUUAAUUUCCAUGUCUUCACAAAUAGUUUCUGCACAGAUGUCAGAUAGCGUUACUGGAAUCUCAGUUUGGCAGUACUCGAAAAACAAGACUGCCAUAAAUGUGCUACUUAUGUACGUCAUCUCCCUCUUUCCAGACCCAACCCAAGUCAUUUUCAACUGAAGUCUUUAUGUCUGCAGUAGUUAAUAAAAAUUUUAAAGAGUUUGAACAUUGAAAAAAAGAACUUUUUUUUUUAAACUUAAAAAUAUUUUAUUUCAGGGUUGGAGAGAUAGUACAGCGGGUAGGGCACUUGUCUUGCUCAUGGCCUACUUGGGUUCCAUACCUAGCAGUCCAUAUGGUCCCCCAAGCUGUACCCAGAGUGCUCCCUGAGCACAGAGCCAGGAGCAACACUGGGCACUGCUGGGUGUGGCCCAAAAACAAAUGAAAAAAUUAAAGUUUCAGUUUGAAGUGCCUGAUUUGUAAAAUCCAAUUCUAUUAUUGCCUUUCUCUUUUAAGUGGACUGAUUUUACUAAUUAAGUUUAAAGCCGUAGGCUCAGUUGUGGUAACAGAGCGAUAAAAAGUGCUUCUUGAUCAUUUGAGGGGCUGCAGUGUCAUGACUUCUUAAAUUCUUUUUGUUUUGCGGCCAGAGAGAUAGUGCGAGGUUAAUGUGCUUCCUCUAGCAUGCAGCCAUCCCUGUCAAUCCCUAGCACUGCAUCUGAUACCCAAGCACUGCCAGAUAUGGCCCCCAAAACCUAAAUAAAAUAAUAACAAUCUUUGCUUUCCCAACUGUCGGUCUAACCAUAUCCAGGCUUUGUAAUUAAAUUAACUAAGUUUUAAAAAAAAUCAUCUGCCUAAUGAAUGUCGUUUGGUUACCAAAGUCCAUCUGUCACCCACCAAGGGUUUAUCUUGGUGUUAACGGUGGCUCGGGCCACAGAAUAAUGGGAACCCUUUUUUGUGCGUCCUUUUUCGUGGUUAGGUUUUAAGUGUGUCUAAGAGCUUGCUUUCAUUUCAAUUGCCAAUUCAAUUUUCCAGUUGGCAGAUGCUGUCCAUGCAGUCUUGUACUGAGAGCAAGUGGUUAAGUUCCUAAGAGGGAGCUCUUCUUCCUCUUUGGGGUGGCUGAAGUGAAUUCCACUUGGCAUUGCAAAUAGGAAGAUCUUAAAUUUGAUUCAUUUGCUCUUCGUACAAAGGGAUGGCUUCUCAUUCUUCUAUCUCAAGAUAUUUUUCAGGACAAUAGUAAUCUCCAGCAGAGUAAAAUUUGGUUUCUGCCCAAAUCCUAAAAACUACAUUUGUGUUUGCUGCCACGGGUGCGUCCUGUUGCAUUGGUCAGCGACUGCCUGCCUCUCUAGGGCACCCUCUGGCACCUUAAAUCCAGCUAAAGGACAGUAUGUGGCUUCCAGUGCCACUGCACUCUCUCAAAAGCCAUUUUAUAAAAAUCCUAGGUAGCCUAUUUUAAUAUUUAGAUAUAUAUAUAUUUGUGAGAGAUACUUUUAGAACAGACUUUUUUUUUUAAACUUUAAAUUCCUCUAUUCCCAUUUUUAAGAAUAAACAAAAACUUUCCAGGAUUAGGAUUUGUUUCUCUUCCACAGCAGCAUAUUGAUUAGGUCAGGUUGUGACCUAUAUUCAGUGAUAGAAGACCCCUAUGCCAACGUAAAAGGGGAUGGGUGCAGGGGGUUGAGGGAAGGUAUUGAUUUGGAAACGAAUUUCUGAGUAAAGUGGUUUUGUCUCUAUUUUGCUGCUGCUGUAGCUCAGUGUUUCACAGAGCAAGCGUAUAAAACCUGGCUCCAUUUUCAUCCAGAGAACUUUCUAGAAUAACAGUCUUCCAGUGGGGUGACUGACUGCAUUGUUUAGCUGACGCAUGCUUUCAUAUCUGCCUAGAGCCCAGCAUUGAGACAGCCUGGGGGAACUUUUUUACCUCGCUAAUUAAAAAAUCUUAGAACUCGGGGUGGGGGCACAAGUGUUCUGUGAAAUUUUGUGGCAGGCGCCAUGCUGGGGAGGGAAUGUGAAUCAAGUCACAGGGUGGGUGCUGUUGCGCCUUUUGCCCUCUCCUAGUCCCCCGUUCACCAGCUUCCUGCUCUAUUGUCAUCUUGUACAAGUUUGGCUUUCCUUGGUGACAGUGGCCAUAGCUCAGUUACUUGGCAUGUUUGACUCUCAACAAUAACAACAACAAAAUGGUUUUGGUGUGGGGUUUGGUUUUGUUUCGUAAAAAUGUAUACAAUGUCAAAUUUCACAUUUUAUAUAAUAGUAUCUGGCUACUAGUAUUUUACAGGAACCCUAGUUCUUGGUGACUACGCACACACAUAUAUAUAUAUUUUUUGUGACUUUUUUGUAAACUAAGUGCCGUUUCAACGUUACAAUCAUUUUUAGAGUUAUUGUAAUCAAUGUGAAUAUCAUGUUUUUCAAGUCUGUUCUGAGCCUACAGUGUUUGCUUUGUGAACCUAUGUGUAAUGUACAUAAUCUGUAUAGUUCUAUUGUACUGAAAUUUUAGCUUGUUUGAUAAUAAGGAAAGUAUGUAUUGAGUAUCUUUUUGCUAGUCUGGUGUUUAAUCUUUUUAAAAAAAGGUUUAAACUUUUUUUUAAAAAAAAAUCUUCAAACUGGCCUUAUUACAUGGUCACAAAGUUGGAGUUAGAAGGGAUGGUCAGGGAAAAAAUAGUUUGGUGUCUUUGAAUAGAAACACGAGACUAAGUUUUGGGGUUUUUUUCUCAUUAAAAUACUUAUUAAUGCUUUA